AUGGUCCAUCAUGUGCAGAAACGGCUGGCGUCGACUGCAGCCAAACUAGUCUCCGUUUCUGCCUCGUCUCUCUCCAAAUUCCCUCCCAAAGAAGCUCUUUUUCAGCGCACAGAACUUCCAAAACCGUUUUCUCCGGAAACAUGGGCUUCACUGCAACCUCCGCCAACCUCUGCGCUCUCCGCUUUUGCCCAUAGAAUAGGACUCACGUCAGUCCUGGACUCGCCGGAAAUAAUACAGCAGGCGUGCACGCACGAAUCCUUUGGCCCGUUUUACAAGUCCCAUUACCCGAACCACCACGACCCGAAGACGAAUGCACAACUUGCGCCGUUGGGGAACGCGUUGAUGGGUCUGUUCGCCGCGGAACACCUUCACGCGUCGUAUCCAUACCUCCCGACGCGAGUGCUGAAAGCAGCAGUCACCGCUCACGUUGGCCCGUUGACUUGCGCUAGCAUAUCACAAGAGAUGGGAGCUGGUCCUCUAUUGCGGUGGCAUCGAGCGCCUCCGAUGCCCGCCCGUCCUCCAAUACUUCAUACCGACGCCCUUGCAUCUAUCCCCCGCUCAAUAACGGCCAUUCUAUACCAGAAGCGGUCCAUUUUAUCAGCCAGACAAUUCGUUCACUCGUAUUUCCUGACUCGCGAAAUUGACCUACGAGGCAUGAUCAAGUUCUUCAAUCCGAAGAAGGCCCUCCUAGAAGCGGUGAAUAAAUUUGGACGGGAGCGACCAAAAUCAAGACUGUUGAAGGAAACGGGUAGAUACACCAACUCACCCAUUUUCGUCGUUGGUAUCUUUUCUGGAGGAGACAAACUCGGCGAGGGUUUCGGAAGCUCAUUGAAGAUGGCCGAAUAUAGGGCCGCGGAGGAUUCCCUACUUCGUCUAUUCCUCACAAAACGACCCACAGAACAGCUGCAAUUACCAACAUCGACAUUCCCUGCAGGACUCGGCAACAUCUUCCAGGAAGGGCAAGCGGGCUCAUAUAAUGCCCCGGAGCUCGUCGAGGCUGAGGUGAUGUACGCCAGCUCGGGCAAGAGCGGUGUUGUCAAGCCACGACAAGAGGACGCAGAUUAUCUAUGA